GCAGAGAAAGGGCGCCGGGGACACCCGUCUGGGACCCGCUACUCUUCUCUGGGUUCUGAGUCCCCAGCUCUUGGGAGCUUUUGUGAGUGGAAGGGAAGUCACUCUAUCGCCCGCGGUCCUAGCAGCCCGGUCCCGGCAGUGGGUCCCCCGGCGCGGCUCCUUUAAGAGCUCUUGAGUCGCCCACCGGAGGUCGCCUCUACGCCAUGCGGGCGCUGCGGGCCGGCCUGACCCUGGCUGGGCGCGGGCUGGGCGAGGCCACAGAGGGCUGGCUGGGGCGGCGGGAGGACGCGCAGGCGGCGCCGGGGCUGCUGGGUCGGUUGCCCGUGCUGCCCGUAGCGGCGGCCGCUGACUUGCCCGCUGUGCCGGGGGGACCCGCGGGCCGCGGCCCGCGCGAGCUGGCCAAGGACAGGCUGCCACGGCCGGCACAGCUCGAGAGCCGCGAGUCGUACCUGCUGUGCUAGGACCCGCACACCCGCGCGCUCUGGGUGGUGGAGCAGCUGCGGCCCGAACGGCUCCGCGGCGACGGCGACCGCCGCGCGUGCGACUUCCGCGAGGACGACUCGGUGCGCGCCUACCACCGCGCCACCAACGCCGACUACCGCGGCAGCGGCUUCGACCGCGGCCACCUGGCCGCCGCCGCCAACCACCGCUGGAGCCAGAAGGCCAUGGACGACACGUUCUUCCUGAGCAACGUCGCGCCCCAGGUGCCCCACCUCAACCAGAAUGCCUGGAACAACCUGGAGAAGUACAGCCGCAGCUUGACCCGCAGCUACCAGAACGUCUAUGUCUGCACAGGGCCACUCUUCCUGCCCAGGACAGAGGCUGAUGGGAAAUCCUAUGUGAAGUACCAGGUCAUUGGCAAGAACCAUGUGGCAGUGCCCACACACUUCUUCAAGGUGCUGAUCCUGGAGGCAGCAGGCGGGCAAAUCGAGCUCCACUCCUAUGUGAUGCCCAACGCGCCUGUGGACGAGGCCAUCCCCCUGGAGCGCUUCCUGGUGCCCGUUGAGAGCAUCGAGCGGGCCUCGGGGCUGCUGUUUGUGCCAAACAUCCUGGCGCGGGCAGGCAGCCUCAAGGCCAUCACAGCAGGCAGCAAGUGAGGGCAGAGCCCAGCGAGACUGUGGGUGUGUACAGGCCAGGGAGCAUUAAAGGUGGGGAUUUUUGGAG